UUCGACUGCUACCUUACCAAAGUACCCAUUUGGUAAACAGGAUCUUGUACAACCUUCCCAUCUUAGACGAAUCUAGCCAAUCAGAGGGUUCCUACCUAAAUAGAUAGGGUUUCGGGUACCAAAACGAAGCGAAAACAGUGUUGAAGGUUGAAGGGAGGAAGGAAAUAACUAUGUCGCAUACUCCCCCGGAUUCACCUGCCCGAAAGGAUGCAAAGCCCGUUGAUGAAAGUCGGGAGGAAUCCGACUCCGACUCCGACUCGGAUGACCCGUUCAGACACACGAGACCCACGCUCGGGCUCGGAGGAUUGAUGUCGACGUUCUCACGAGGCAACCUGCACAGCUACAAGGAGGGUGCUCAAGUUGAGGAACGGGAGAACGCAGUGGACGAUUCGGAGGACAUGCCAGAAUCCGAUGCGGCAGAAGCAAAAGGAACUGGUAACUACGGACGACGGUCGCAACUUCAUAGCAGGGGUGGUGAUGGUGAUCCUAAGCUUCGCCGGCUGAAAGAGAUCAUGCCGCUCCCAUUUCACCCCAACGUUCGACCACUAACCGUAUCGGAUCUCGAGAGCUGUGUUGCGUUGGAGGAAGCGGCAUUUGAGGACCCGAAACAUCGAUGCACGAGGGAGAAGUUUGAAUAUCGCCUCUCCGUAUGCCCGGAGCUGUGCCUCGGGCUCUUCUGUACCAUCGUCCCUGACAAGGCCCGCGCCGAGGGCUUCGAGAUUAGCACGCUGCCUGUAGCGAAGCCCGUCGAGACGGGGAGGAGUGAUGGAGCGAAGAGUGUACUGGUAGCACAUAUUGUUGCGACGAGAACGCAAUCAAUGGUUGUGACAGACGAGUCUAUGGAUUAUCCCCGCGACUUCCGAACGAACAAGCAACAUACACUUCCCAUAGGUCAUCAGGAGACAGGCCAGACCGUCUGCAUUCAUUCGCUUGCCAUUCACCCUAAGUUUCAGGGGUGCCACUUGGGAAAGAUGAUCAUGCUGGCCUACUUGCAACAGCUCAAGGGCUCGGAGACGGCUAGGUUCUGUUCACUUAUCUGUCAAGACUAUCUAGUCCCCUUUUACAAGAGAUUCGACUUUCGUCACAUGGGACCAAGCGAAGCCCAGUUCGGUGGUGGAGGUUGGCAGGAUAUGGUGGUCUGCGUCGACGAGCUACCCAUUUACGGAGGCAAACGGCCACAGAGAUCAAAGUAGAGGGAGAAGCUAAGAGCUCACCGAUGGGUUAACAAGAACGACUAAACGUAACGGAGAUUUCGAUAUGAGCGAGGAGC